ACGAUCAUUUGGCAUCUUAAGGAGCUUAAAACUACACUUAAAUAUUGUUGGGACGUUCGUGCGGUGUGAAUAUUAUUAAAAAUAUCAGAGUUUUGUCGAAGGAUUUUUUUCUUGGAAUACCGGAUCUUGAGUUUAUGAAAAUGGUGUCGAAAAUAUUAGUAUUUGCUUUUAUUGUUUGUACCGCGAGUGCCGCGAGAUGGGUCGCCAAAUUACCUCCAAUUCCCCCUGAAUUUGCUGGCAAGCAAGGCUGUUACAUCAAGGAGAUUAACACGGUGGUGCCUUUCGGUGCUCGUGUCACACCACUAAGGUUAUGUUACGAAAUUACGUGUGACCAACACGAAAUACAAUAUGCCUCUUGUGGUGUUGUAGCUACAGACGAUCCUCUAUGCCACAUGACGGAAGUGGAUUUAAGCAAACCGUAUCCCGCCUGCUGCCCAGACGUAUGGUGUGAACUGGACAACAAACUGAAUUAGUCAAAACAAUUGUUGAAAUUUAGAUUUAAGUUCAUCGUAUUACAAUGACGGGAUUAUUUAUUUAAUAACAGUAUUAAAACCUUUUUCGCUGCAAUAAAUACUUCACUUUAUUUUAUUUUUAAUUUGGGUACACGAUUGUUAUACAUACAGGGUGUAUUGUUUUGAGUGAACGAAAAAAAAGAUGGCAGGUUGUUAGUGAUAAAUAAAGACGUCAUUGUAAUACGGUGUUUUGUAGAGAGAAUAUGAUAGACAUUAGAUAGAGUUCCUUUUCAAAGAGUUUCGAUGCAAACUCUAGAAGCUAUCUUGCCACCAAAUUGUUGAUUUAUUUAUUAUUAUUGAAUUAGAAAUUAUUUUAAUGAA